AGCAGCAUCGAUAAGCAGUCACCGCCUUUUGACUCUUGACAUUAACAUUAGGGAUAUGGAUUUUAUUGAACCAGUCGCGCGCACACCCAGUACUGCCUUAAGUACCACCUUUAAAACGACCCUUCUCCCAUUCAAAAGGAUCCAACUUUCUGCAAUAUUGUCUUUUGGGUUUAAUUUCAGAUAUUGAAGGUCAAAGAAAGUUGAGUGAGAAGAAGAAGAAACAUCAAGAAUCAUCUGCUGAUAGCCCGGGAGCUGGUUCUGGAAAUAAUAUUGUUGCUGCCUCUAUGGAUUUUGAUAAAGCGUUUGCAGAUAUGGUUUCAGGAUUCAGACUUACUGAAAUAAGUGCAGUUAAAGCCAGUGCUAUGAAAGUAAUUUCUUGCCAUUUCUCAGCCGAUGGAAAAUGGCUUGUUACUGCUGGUCAUGAUAAAAGGGCAGUACUGUGGUACGCAGAUGGGUUAAAGCCAAAAGCUACUUUUGAAGGGCAUUCAUCUUUGAUUACAGAUGUCCGUUUCAGUCCAAGCAUGCCAUAUCUAGCAACAUCUUCAUUUGACAGAAGUGUCAGGAUUUGGUAUGCCGGAAGCAAGCCUCAUGACUCAUUAUGUACUCUUAUGGGACAUUCUGCCUCCAUUAUGUCAGUAGACUUUCACCCAAAUAGAGAUGAUCUUAUAUGCUCUUGUGAUGGGGAUGGUGAGAUGCGAUACUGGAGUAUUACUAAUGGUAACUGUGAAGGAGUAUACAAGGGUGGCAGUGCCAUGAUAAGAUUUCAACCCCGUCUAGGGAGGUAUGUGGCUGCAGCUGAGGAGAAUGUUGUGUCUGUACUAGAUGUUGAGACACAAGCUUGUCUGCGUUCAUUGCAGGGACAUUAUAGACCAAUUCAUUAUGUGUGCUGGAAUCCUUCUGGUGAGUAUGUAGCAUCUGUCAGCGAGGAUGCUGUCAGAGUCUGGGCGCUCGGAUCAGGGAAUGAUGGAGAAUGUAUUCAUGAGUUGAGUUUGAAGAACACCAAAUUUCACUCCUGUAUAUUUCAUCCUACGAACCCUUCAUUGCUAAUCAUUGGCUCUUAUCAGUCUUUGGUGAUAUGGGACAUGACCGAGAACAAGACUAUGGUAUUGCCAGCUCAUGAAGCAAUUAUUGCUUCAUUGGCCGUAUCAACUGCAACUCGAUUGAUUGCUUCUGCUAGUCAUGAUAAGCUCGUCAAGCUGUGGAUGUGAGACUGCUUGUUUUCAGUCAUUCAUUCGCUCUUUUGGUGGUUAAAUUUCCCUGCUUGCUCCUCAUAACCACCGAAAACUAACAGUGUCUUGUUAACUUACAAAUCAAUGUUCAAGCUUCAUGAACUCCGGAUAUUGCCUAACUAAUAAAAAUAGAUGCCGUUCCUCAGUGUCUUUGCUCUA